AUGCCGGUCACGGUCAUCGCAGCAAAACCGACGGAAGAGGUCAAGGGAAAAUUCAGGUUUAUUGAUAUUGCCGUGAAUCUCACCGACCCCGUAUUCAGAGGAUACCACCACGGCAGGAAAAAACACGAUGACGAUCUCGAAGCCAUGCUUGAGCGUUCCCGCGCUGCAGGAGUCGUCUCCAUGAUCAUCACCGGCGGGAGCCUGCACGAGUCGAAGGAAGCUCUCGAACUCGCGCGGCAGCACGGUUUCUACGCCACCGUCGGCUGCCACCCCACGCGCUCUGCCCAGUUCGACCAGUUCAAGGGCGGCGCACAAGCAUACCUUGCGGCGCUCGACGCCCUCAUCGAGGGAAAUCUUGAAGGGAAGGGCAGGGUCGUCGCGGUGGGCGAGUGCGGGCUUGACUACGACCGCACGCACUUUGCUGCCCCCGAUGUGCAAAAGAGAAAUUUCCGGCUGCAGCUGUCCCUCGCGAAGAAGCACCAUCUGCCGCUGUUCCUCCACUCGCGCGCCGCGCAUGCCGACUUUGUCCAAAUCCUCCGUGAGGAAGGAUUCGGCGAAGCCGGUGGCCUGGCGGUCGGUGGCCACGGCGGCGUCGUGCACAGUUUCACCGGGACUGCCGAGGAGGCAGUUGAGCUCAUGGAUAUGGGUUUCCAUAUAGGUCUCAACGGAUGUUCUCUCAAAACCGCUGAAAAUCUUGCCACCGCCAAGGCGAUUCGCCCCGAGAGGAUCAUGUUCGAAACAGGUCCGUCUGAUAGAUUUGUUCUUUCGCCUUCUGACACCGACCCAGACGCACCCUGGUGCUCGCUCACAUCCACGCAUGCAUCAAAGGCGCACCUGUCCUCCCUCCCGCCAUCCCUCAAAUCUCUCUAUUUCCCUCCCUCCACCAAACCCGAGUCAUUUGUCUAUGGCCGCGCCGUCAAGGGGCGCAACGAGCCCACCGCGAUCGGCGGUGUCGCAUGGGUGAUCCAUAAACUCAACGACGGCAUCCCAUUCGAGAAAGUCACAGAGAAAGCGUGGAAGAACACAGUAGAGCUGUUUAGAUUGCACGAGCUCCAGGCUGCGUAA